AUGGCUUUGACAAGUAUUACAAGUGGCCUUAUUCCAACUCCAGAAAUUCCUCAGCCAGAUUCUUAUUUUAUACACAGUCCUGAAGUGACAGGAAACAUGCCAACUCAGUCUCUCUUAGUGUAUAUGGAUGGACCGGAAGUUAUUGGCAAUUCUCUUGGCAGCCAGAUGGAGCUAGAUGAUGCCAUGUCAGUAAAAGGGACCACCACUGUUCCUUUCAGAGCCACGCAAGAGAAGAGCAUCAUCCAAAUCGAAGGCUACACGCCCUUGGACUGCAUGUUCUGCAGUCAGACCUUCACCCACUCUGAAGACCUCAAUAAGCACGUGCUGCUGCAGCACCGGCCCAUCCUCUGUGAGCCCGCAGUUCUGCGUGUGGAAGCAGAGUAUCUCAGCCCUCUAGAUAAAGGCCAAGUGCGAACAGAACCCCCCAAGGACAAGAGUGGCAAAGAGAAUGAAGACCUGAGCUGUGAAGUGUGUGGGCAGACGUUCAGAGUUGCGUUUGACGUGGAGAUCCACAUGAAGAAACACAAGGACUCUUUCACCUACGGGUGUCACGUGUGUGGACGGAGGUUCAAGGAGCCCUGGUUUCUGAAGAACCACAUGCGAACACACAAUGGCAAGUCGGGGGCCAAGAGCAAGCUGCAGCAGGGCUUGGAAAGCCCGGUCACCAUCAACGAGGUUGUCCAGGAGCAGGCUGCGGAGAGCAUCUCCUCUCCUUUCAAGAUGUGCAUGGUUUGUGGCUUCCUAUGCCUAGCACAAGAUAAGGAGAAGCCUAGACAUGCCAACGGUGAAGUGCCUUCUGGGGACGCGGACCCCAAGUUGUCCAGUAAGAGUGAGAAGCCCACGCAUUGCUCUGAGUGUGGCAAGGUGUUCAGAACCUACCACCAGCUGGUCCUGCACUCGAGAGUCCACAAGAAGGACCGGAGGACAGAUGCUGAGUCGCCCACCAUGUCUGUGGACGGCCGGCAGCUGAGGACGUGUUCUCCAGACCUAGCCGGCACCCUGGAUGAAAACGGAGCCACAGAUCGAGAAGGAGGCUCUGAAGAUGGAUCCGAGGACGGACUUCCCGAAGGCCUCCAUCUGGAUAAAAAUGAUGAUGGAGGCAAAAUAAAGCAUCUGACAUCCUCAAGAGAAUGUAGUUACUGUGGAAAGUUUUUCCGUUCAAAUUAUUACCUCAAUAUUCAUCUCAGAACGCAUACAGGUGAAAAACCGUACAAAUGUGAAUUUUGUGACUAUGCUGCAGCCCAGAAGACCUCUCUACGGUAUCACUUGGAGAGACACCACAAAGAUAAGCAGGUCGAUGUGGCCGCUGAGGUCAAGAGCAAAGGGAAAAACCAGGAAACGGAAGAUGUACUACUCAUCGCCGACAGUGCGCAAACCAGCAAUUUGAAAAGAUUUUUCGAUGGUGCCAAAGAUGUGAAAGGCAGCCCACCUGCCAAGCAACCUAAGGGGAUGGCCCCUGCCUUUCAGAAUGUUCUGGGCAGCGCUGUCCUCUUGCCAGUACACAAAGAUACUCAGGAUUUCAAUAAAAAUGCAACUGAAGGUAGUGCUGAUCAGCUAGGCAGACACCCAGCCCCUGCUUAUUUGGACGUGUUAAAGAAGAGACCAGUGCCCGAAGCUCAUGCUAUCAACCUCGCUCACAGAGCAGAAGUGGCUGCUCCGCCUCAUCCUCACCCAGACGCCACUGCCGCCCACAAGGCCGAGGUUGGCCUCAAAGAGAAGGCAGAGGUGGCAGCAGACAGCAGAGUGAAGCCCAGCAUGGACUGUCAACACUCACAUUGCCACUUCAUUUACAAGGCUGGGCUGACUGACUCUAGCACUUUAGCCCCCAGUAACCUGAAGUCGCACAGGCCACAGCCCAGCAUUGGGGUGCAGGGGGCUUCAGCCGCCAGGCAGCAGCCCUCGGAGAUGUUUUCUAAAAGCGGAGUUUCUCCUGCCCCGGAGAAGACCAAAAGGCCAGAGACGAAGUUCAAAGCCCCGGUGGUCUCCGUGUCCCAGCCCUCGAGCAGCAGCACCAUCAAUGGCUCCGCCGACUUCUCGGCCAAGCACAACGGCCUGUGGGCGCCCGCGGGAAGAGACUACUUCUGUGGCCGCAGCGCAGGUGUUGCCAGCCCGGAGCUCGGAGAGCCGCUUCCCAAGCGGCCAAAAGCCGGGCCCGUGGUCCUGGACGCGGAGCAGCCUGGGCCCCACUACCGAAGGGUCCUUGACCUGCCCAAGUACACGGUGGGCCGUGGAACCGCAAGGCUGCUGCCCCAGGAGUACGCGUUCCCGCCGCCGAAGGUGCUGCCCUCCAAGCCGAGGUUCCUGGCGUCGGGCGAGAUCGACUCCGCCAAUGUGCUGACCUUACACUCGCCCUACAGCGGGCCCGCGUCACUCUACACGUGCAACCCUGCGAGCUCUGCUGCUGGCGUGGCGCUGGAAGGAAAAAGGCCUGUGUCUUAUCAACACUUAUCUAGCAGCAUGCUUCAAAAGAGAAACUAUGAGAAUUUUAUUGGGAAUGCACAUUAUCGGCCAAAUGACAAGAAAACUUGAUUUCCUAUUUUGGGGAAGAAAGGUCUUGAUGGAUGUGUGCUCCAUGAAGUUGAGUCAGUUCAUCCUUCGAGAAAGUGAGCGGUGAAAGCUACUGAAAUAAGCUGUGACUGUACUGUAC